UUUUGUCUCCUGUACAUAGAUAAAUUAAAUCACCACUGUGUGAUGAUGCGAUUAGACUAAAACGAUGGAUUUAUAAAGCAUUAUCGUAAAAUUAAUUUGAUACCAAGUACCAAUAAGAAUUACAUUGAAGGCUUUUGUAUUUUGUGGUGAUGAUGGUUAAUAACUAUACUGUUUAGAAAAGUGGCUCUUGCGUCGUUAGUACAUUUCGUUAUCGCAUAACAGCAUUAGAAAAAAGAAGUCAAAAGUUGUGUAGUAAUUUAUUUUUUCGAAAUAGUAAAUUGGCUAUCGGAUGCACACCUAACUAUAUUCAUGGAAGCAUUCCCAGUAACCUCUAUAAAACGAAACUGCACCUUUAAAUAAGUAAGAUUAGCUCCUAGUGGCAAAUACGGUUUCGUGUUAAAUCUAGUUCUUUCAAGCUAAUUUUAGUACUCAAGCGAGAACCUAUCUUAGAUCCUUAUUAAGCAUUCCAACUUAAUGUCUCUGAAUGCGUAGCAAGUGUUGGUCAAUUAUUUCUUAUUGGAAAAUCCAUAGUUCUUUAUGGGGUUAUAAUUUCUCUUCUUCUUGCUUAAUAAAUCUUGCUUAUUCCUCAUAACCAUUAAAGAUCUUCCGUCGAUUUAUAACACUACGAAUGAAGUUAUUGGAUUUUACACCCCGCCAACCUCGGACAGUGACAGUCAGAAAUCAUUAGCGUCGUCAUGGCGCACCACAUAUGCUACAUGAAAACACGGCGCGUUGAAGAAAAACCGCGUGGGCUUUUCAGCCGGUCCCCAGUCUGUUCCAUUCAUUUUCCAAAGAGUGUUUUUUUCUGGCUAUGCUAUUUAUGUUCGGUAUAAAUUAAGUAGACUGUCUUAAUUUCAAUACUUAGCUCUGCUUGAAAAUCAGUGAGAGCUGGGUACAAACGUGUGACAAACAACUUCCUCGGGCUAAUGGCAGCCGAAGCUAUGGGCACGAAGCAGGCGACUAAGGUAAUAGUGACACGCAUCCUUUCGGACUGGGUUAGUCUUCGAAUUGCGAUAGAACAGGGUCUGGGAGGUAAAGACGGACCCCUUAAGGAACGCUGGAUGGCGCAGGUGGUAUCGGACUUUCUGAACAAGGAAACUGAUCUGGACCCUACAGACGUCGAAGACUAUUUAGCAGAAAUCUUAUUCAACGAAUUUGACAUGGUCGUAGAAGAUGGAACCUUGCCUCAGAUCGCAUUUCUAUUGUUGCAACUGCAAAAGAUGUGUCAGCAAGGACGAAUUCGAGAAGCGUUAGAUCAGUUGCCCAAAGAGCGGCCUGCCAUGCCCAGCAUUCGCGCUGAACCAGAACCGGUGACUCCCGACAGGGAGAUGAUUGUGGAAGAAGACAUGGACGCCGUUUCUAAGCAGGUGGCGUCAUUGGCCACAGAGGAACUUCGACGGAAAACGAACGAGCCUGAUGAAGAUGGUUGGAUUACCGUAAGAAAGACUGGAGGAAAACAUCACCAAACUAAUAAUAAUAAUGAUAACACGAAUAGAUAUUUCACAGUAGGCUAAUUAUGAAAGAGAGCUGCGUUGUUUAUUGUGCAAAAUAAAUUAAUUAGUACUCAGUUUUGUUACUGUUACGCCGAACGCAGUAGUUGCCGAAAAAGAUAAGAAAACUACAAACUACGGUUAGUUUUGUCUAUAUCCAAGAUAAAAAUUAAGGAGGCUAUUUAGGGAUAAGGAAAGUUGUCUCAUGUGUUGCUGUCUUGAGCGGUGCUUAAUAUUUUUACUCAAUCUUUUUUUUGUGAGAUUAAGCAGAACCAAUAAUAAUAAUGAACUACCGCACAAUAGGUAAGCAACUGUAUGUGCAGCGCUUGCGCUAUCAAAAAGUAUUUAUUAAAAAUACAUGCAUACAAACUGCUACCACAUCCGUUUGGAACAGUGAUUGGGCUCAUUGGUUAAAACGGUGACUCAAUCUUCAAUAAUAUCAGGGGUGAUGCUGUCCUGGCUGAAAUUGGUUCGACAAAAUGCAUAAUAACGUUUAUUUGUUAAAUAUGUCAUAUUAUUUUAUUAUCCUUAAUGUUUUGCCGGUAAUAACUGAAUGUAUUUUUAUCACUUAUAUUUGCUGGAACUAAUAAAAUGUACAGCACACUGAAUACAUGAUGUAGUGUAGAACUUGAAAAUGCUGGAAGUGCCUCGUAUGUGCGCCACCUGCUUGCGGCGUUCGUCAAUUUCAACGCAAUCUUGGACUCGCUGCUCAGUGAGAAGAUGCUUACGUAGGCCGAGGUAGGUGUCCCAGUAAAUAUGAUCAACCUGUUCGCUGCGAUUCCACGAGUGCACAGAAUAGCGAUCGACAAUGGAGUGGCCAAACUCUCGCCCUUCUCACAGACAACUAACAUGACUCAGUGGGACAAUUUGAGUCUACUCUUAUUCUCGGUGAUGCUAAAGGGCUCUCAUAAUCAAAGAAGAGAGACGAGAAAAUUCGUGGAAAUCAUCCUGCAUGUAGACGAUGUAAUGAUAUACGGGACGAACAGGUUUCAAGCGCAGCUAGCCUGGCUCUAUCAGUUAUAAGUCUGGAAAUGACCGGAAACCUCACCAAAGUAGAGGCAAUGAAAUUUAGAAGAUGUGGCAGGACAGCAGGUACUGACGGAUUGUAUUCCGCAAAGUCGUCUUCUGCCUUUGUUGACCGAUUUUCAUCCUUGAGGUUACUAUUCGGUUGUAAUGGCGGAAAAUUCACAGCUCACGUCAUCGAAGGAUGCCGGAAGGUACUGCUGAGGCACAAGCGUCAUUUGGGAAGUUUUCACAGUGGAGAAUUUCAAAUAUUAGAUCGUGUCAAAUUCUUUGUCUUCAAAAGAGCUCUGGGACCACACAUAACAACUCGGGAAUUUAUUUUUAUUUUUUACCCGACUCGCUACUGUUGUCCGACAAUCUACGCCGUUUAUAUGAGCUGCCAGUAACAGAAACGUUACGAAUAAGCUCUAGAAAUUGAAGGCGAAGAUUAGCGGAAAUCGAUGAAAAAUUCUCUGCUUCGGAUACGUUGAAGAACAGCAGGUAGAAAAGGAUGAACUGGCUAAGCAAACAUGUCGUCGCAUUUUUUGCGGCGCAUAGGUUCCAUUAUAUUCUUUAGGGAACCGGGUUCGGCAGUACAUGUGUACAGACUAGAUGCGGGGAAUUGUGAUAUGUACCGCAUCGCUCGCUAGUCAUGGUACCACUUUUAAAACAUCUAAUUAAUAUCCCCAAACUACUUUUAAAAACUCUACAAAACUCAUAUUAUCUGUAUGACACAAGGUACUUUAAUAUUUCCAUAUACGUCAUAAUCAUAGAAUAUUGUGUUGUUUACCUGUUUAAAAGCAUUUGAGUAAAUGAAAAUUUCAAUCAAUUUUUUUGAAAAAGAAACAUGUAACGCUACGCAAGUAACCUCUGCGGUUACCUAACAAUUAUUUCUUAUCACUAGAGGAAAAAUACGGAAAGUUACAUUCAAUGUAUUGUGGGCAUAGCUUAUCCCAACUGUCUUUUGCGCGUAAGGCGAGAUUCAUCGAAAAUGUCGUGAAUGUCAAAGCAAUCUGCAAAGAUUUGUUUUGCUAAAUUUCUUCUGGUCCUUUUUUUGGCAGGUAAUUAAGCUUUGGCCACGACUCUUGUAGAAAUGGAACAGACAAAUGUCUUCCUUGAGCCGACAGAUAGUAGUUUGGCGUUUUCAACUGUGAAGCGAAUUGAUAUAACCCGCACAUUUCCAAAAUUUAAUUCUAUCUUUCAGGGCAUAUCUCUCUAUGUAUCACUAAACAAAACCUUAUAAAUAUUAUGCAACUGGUCCCAUAUUUAAGUUGCUGAAAUAUUUGUCUACAGAUAACCAUGGAAACAUUUUUCAGUUUGUGCUAGAAUUUAUAGCAAAGCUUAUAUAUAGUUCUUAUUUGUAAUUUCAACUCACUGCUUAUGAUAAUGUACUUACGUGAAAUGCUGAAAUAAUAUAUAGAUUGAGACUUCUUUAGAAAUAACGUUGCUAGAACGCGUUUUUUAGUUAUUUAAGACCGCAGGUGCGCAUGUUAAGGUAGAAAAUAGGGAUUAGAAGCUAUUAUAUCAUUGAUGUCGCUACUUUAAUGUUGACACUUGCUAUUACGAAUUUGAUUGUGACGAUGAGUACUACCGACAGUUAGCCGUGAAUUUGAAAAUUAUCCCUAGACAAAGGAUAUACAAAAAAAUACCUGAAGCUAGUCUUCUACAGAAUCAAGAAUAUUUUUUAGCCGUAUUCGGCACUUACCACAGUGAUUUACACAGUUGCACCCAAAUGUUUAAAAAUACGUUUUGAGUCUAUCACACUGAGCUUUUAUUAUUACGCCAACAGGAUACCAUUACCUUCACUUAUGCAAGUUUUAUAUAUCCUGGCGACCACUACUGUUAUCAAUUACAGUUUGAACACGGGACGGAAGCUACCAUUACCAUCUGUAUCGAAGCCUCUAGUUGAGACUACGGGACGUUGCUUCUAGUUUCGCCAAUCAUGCAUAAACACUACAGAAUCUGCAUGAAUAAAGAAAGCCACAUACAUCUGUACCGGCAUUCAACUGAUACGGCAUUUGCCAAUUUAAAGUGAAUACCCAACAUCAAGGCGUAACGCUAUCAUGUGCUGUGUAUACCAAUAUAUACUGACGUAGGCUUACCUAUACACUACAUUGUCGGCCGUACUUCCCUGGUUUCGCCCAAAUCACAUGAGAGUUUUCUUUAACUCAAAUUAAGCGUGUAUCUCCAAAUAGCGUGUCCUCCUCAUACGAUAUGAGCCCCCCGUAAAGUUUUAACGCGUAGUGAAAAUCCAAAGCAGGCUCACGCUUUAGCCACUUAGAUACACAUUGAGUCAAAAUGUUUUCUUUUUCGUGCCCUUUAUUUACCUGUUAAAUACUCGCACUUAACUCGUACUUAUUUUUGUUGUUACGUUAUUGUGAUACAUUUAUUAUCGUAAUGCUUGCAUAUUUCCCUGCCCUAAUAUAUUGCCUUAAUUUCGCCCGCAACCCGUGCAAUACGGGCCUUCCGUGCACUGGUUUUUUCAAAUCGACCCUGCAAAAGCAUUCGGACCAAAUGUUUUGGCCUGUUCUGGUGGUUGUUCAUUCCACAUUCUGUAAAUCCGACUCAGCAACCAGUUAAGCAGUCAUCACUGAGUCACUUAGUUUUAUGGUAAUGGCCAACUGCUUUUAGCUAUUCUUUCCUCCUUUACGGUAUUUUGCGCGAACGUCUCACGUUCUUUGCACUAACACUGGCUGCGGUUUUCGGCGUCUCCGCCAUUGCCAUCAUCAGUUAUCUCGGGUGUUCCGUCUGCUCUCAUCGUUGACGCAAUCUUCUCACCGAACGCCGAGCUCCGCUUGCCGAUGGGCUCCGUCGCCGCAGAAACAUCACGUUUAGUGCAAUGUUGUCGCUCGGUACGGCUGCAUGAGCAACCAUUAGCGGCCGACACACAACCAAACGUUUUCAGUAGUGGUGCUAGCAGCAGUUAUAAUCGCAGCUCCCUCGAUACUUUACAUCUCAGCGUCCUCACUGUUCGUCUAUAUAUGUAGUUACAUAGAAGGUCAAAACUAUUGUCGCUGUUGCUGUCUUCAGCCGGAACAUCGGGGAGUAUCUAUCCACACACAUUCAUACAGAUUUACAGACAGGCUCAUAUUGGUACUCACAAACACAUACAAUGGACACAUAGCAGCAGCUGUCGCCGUUGACGUUACUGUCGACCGCUUCAGGACGAGUUACCAGCGACAGGUCAUAGCAACUCACGCCAUUUUUCGCUGCGUGUUAUGUCACAGCCUUUCAAUGGGCUGCUGCUAGUACUGGAGGAACUGUAUGGUGGUCCAUAUUGCCUGUCCAAUGACUAACCAUGAUGGAGAAAAUGAUUCAGCAGCGGUCGACUGCCGACUUCCAAUCGGUUAGCUAUCGACAUUGCUUGUCCGCUAUGUAGCUACUGAUUCAGCCUACGGUAAUCAAACUAUUGAUGAAGCGACAGCAGCGCAGGCGACAGACGGAGCUGAACGCCUGCGUUUCCACACAACAAUGAUUUAUGUUUAUGCAACGGGAGAAAACACACUGGCCUGAUAUGAAGAAUCGGACAGGUAGAUAUUCUACGAGAAUGAUACGAGUCAUGGCCGUGUUAUGUGGCCUAGGAGACCUCUCUAGAUAUAAACGCUCACAAACGAGAAAUAAGAUGCAGGGUGGCUAUUAACUCAUGCAGAAUCCCAUCAUUGCAUGAUAGUUGAGCUAUUUCGGAUAAUGGACAUUAGUUUAAAACGCUACGAACGCCUGCAGAAUAUACUUAAAAUUUACCGUACAUUCGCUCAGGCGAUGUUAUUGUAAUGCCAACAGAAUUCCACGUCUUUCAUCGGAAUUAAAAAUUUUUAACAGAUUACCACUCAGAUAAGCGACUCUCAAGCGUAAGGGUUACGAACUGAGCACCAUGCGUCACAUUGUUUUUUGUUGGUCAUCGCCAAGACAAACCUUACACUUCCGUCGACCACGAAAAGCGCUACUUCUGCCAUAC